CACUAGUUUCUAAUCAUCCUUUAUUCAUCUCUUUUGUCAUUAAGCAUCUGUCUCUCUUAUCUGCUACACUGUGCAUGUAUCUGAUGGUAUUAACAAUUAAAUAUUGGGCAUUUCAUGAAGUUUUGCAAAGAAGAAGACAGCUACAGGGGGCUGGGCUUGUCCCUCAGCUCCGGUGGUCCCCUGUGUGAGCGCUCAGUCCUACGGCGCCAUGGCAGCGCAGUCCCCUCUGUCCUCCCUGUACCUCCAUGCGAUCGUCACACUGCUCUACACAGGUGCUGUAAAGUUGCAAUCUAGCAACUACUCAGAGCUUCUUUUCAACCUGACAAAUGAAACAGUAACAACAGUCAGCAAUGCUACAACUUUGAAUUUAACUUGGACUGAUGAAGACUUUCACCAUAUACAAGAGGAUAGCAAUGUAACUCUUAUUACAGAGGAUGAUGAGGGGUUCCAGGACUGGGAUACUCUGCCGUUGGGACAGUGCCACAAGGGGCUGCUCCAUGAAUUCAGUCACGUUAAUUGUGCUCAAAACUUUCAUGAAAUAAUGAAGAGUGUGAGCGAAGACAAGUGGUGCAGCCUGCCGGACAUCAUCAGACCUUAUAAUGAGAUGACAUUAUGUCUGGAGCAGUUGUCUAUGACAGUGGGUUGUUUCUACCCAAACCCCACAGUGCAGGAGCUCUUUCUACACAUCCACUCUCAUUACUUCAAGACCUGCUCCAGAGAUGAGCCAGACUUCACGGACCCUCCUCCGGCUCUGCUCCUCACUCUGACCCUGCUCCCAGUCGCACUUAUCCCAGUUCUGGUCUAUGUGGUCAUCUGCAAGACUCAAAAACAAGAAUGACACUACUGACUUUACAGUUUACAGUGAAUAUGCUGCAAUAUACAAUACAACUAUCAAAGUGCACACUGCUGAACAAAUUAGCCACUGGCUCCAAACAUCUUGUAUUAUUUGGGGAAUUCUGAAAAGUGUUUGAUUGUAAUUUAAGACUGUACAAAUUUUACUUGUUAUUUUACCAAUAAUA